AAGACUUCCGUCUUGUACAGUCAAUAUCCGGUAGUGAAAUACUAAGUUCUACCGUUGAAAGUAGACUGUUCGGAUCGUUGUUGGAAAAUCGCUUCAUUCCCGCCAUUACGUGCCCAGUAGUAAUUUAAUUACCGAAGGAAGGCACGAUGACGGACAACCAGUAUUCAAAUUACCAACAACAGGGGUAUAAUCAGUAUAAUCAGCCACCACCUUCUGGUGGUCAGGAUACUUCAUACCCACCACCAUCUAGUGGUGGCAGUGGUGGUUAUAAUCAAUAUAGUCAACCACCACCGAGUAGUGGAAGCAAUUAUGGCAGUUACAACAGUUACAAUUCCAGUAGUGGCCAAGACUACAAUCAGUCACAAAAUCCAAGCAGUUACCAAACUUAUGGCAGUGGAAGUUCUGGAAAUAGUGGCAGCAGCAAUUAUAAUAGCAGUUAUGGUCAUGGAGGUGGAGGUGGAGGUGGAGGCAGUGGAGGCUAUAGCCGUAAUAGUUCUGGUGGAGGCUAUGGUGGAGGGGGCUACGGUGACCGUGGUGGUGGCAAUGAUGGAAUGGUUACGCAAGAAGAUACAAUUUUUGUAUCUGGUAUGGAUCCUUCAAUUUCGGAAGAAGAAAUUUGUCAACAUUUUGGAGCCAUUGGUAUUAUCAAACAUGACAAGCGAACAGGAAAACCUAAAGUAUGGAUGUACAAAGAUAAAAACACUGGUAAAUCGAAAGGCGAAGCUACCGUUACUUAUGAUGAUCAGAAUGCUGCACGUUCUGCGAUAGACUGGUUUGAUGGAAAAGAAUUCAAAGGACGAACUAUAAAAGUACAAAUUGCUCAGCACAAAAGCAAUUGGCAAGGUAAUCGUAGUGGUGGAAGCCGCGGUGGAAGUGGUCGAGGUCGUGGAAGCGGUGGUUUUGGAAGUCGUGGCGGUGGCGGUGACAGAGAUGAUCAUCAUCAUCGAGGUGGUGGAAGUGAUGAUCGACGUGAUGGAGGUAGUCGUGGAGGAGAUUGGAGAUGUCCUAAUCCAGAAUGUGGCAAUACAAAUUUCGCAUGGAGGGAUCAAUGUAACCUCUGCAAAAGUUUAAAACCACAAGGUGCUGGUGGUAGCAGUGGUGGGGGAAGAGGAAAUCGUGGUGGUGACCGAGGUGGUCGAGGAGGCUUCAGAAGUGAUAGAGGUGGUCGAGGUGGUGAUAGGGGUGGUCGAGGAGGUUUUCGUGGUGGAGAUAGAGGAGGAAGAGGUGGACGAGGUGGUCCGAUGAGAGGCGGUGGAGGCCGAGGGGAUAGGGACAGGGAUCGUCAGCGUCCUUAUUAAAUGCGGUCUAAAAAGUGGCUAAUAACUCACUUAUUGACGUAUGUACACAGUUUGUACACAAUCUCAACGUAUGUACAUUUGUCAUAAGACAGAAAUCAUAUUACACUCCAUUAUCAUCGAUUUGUUUUCUCGUACAUUUUUUAUAUUCACAAAAAUCGAUGCGUGAUGUGUAAUUUUUGUGUUUUAUAUAUGUAUGUAAAUGAUAAACAUAUGUGUAAAGUUACAUUUUAAUAAAUAAGACUUCAAAUCUAUAACA